AUCCCGAACAAUAUUCAAGAAUUGUCUAAGUUUUCUGAAGAGUUAAAAGAAUAUUCAGAGAAGCAUCCGUAUCACGUCUUUACCAUAUAUUGUUUGACAUAUAUAUGGAAACAAACGUUUGCCAUUCCAGGAUCAUUUUUACUUAAUAUAUUAGGUGGAGCAUUGUAUGGGACUAUCAAUGGCCUAAUUAUUACAUGUAUCUUAACAGCUACAGGAGCUACAUUGUGUUACCUUUGGUCUUACUACCUUGCCAGACCUUAUGUCAUCAAAUUCUUUUCAACAAGAAUGGAAACACUUUCUGAAAAAAUAAACAAUUUGAAUGGAUCCUUAUUUAUGACCCUCAUUUCACUUCGAGUGAUGCCUAUGACACCCAACUGGCUUCUUAAUAUUACUUUACCAGUUUUAGGAAUUCGACUUCAUUAUUUUACUUUGUCUGUUUUAUUAGGCUUGAUGCCAUACAAUCUAAUCUGUGUACAGUCAGGUAGGAUGUUGUCUGAGAUCCACUCUUCGUCAGAUGUCAUCACAUUGUCAGUUAUGGUAAAACUUUUACUCGCAACAUUCCUUUUAUUAAUGCCAAACAUUUUAACAAUAAUAUUUAAAAAAAUUUUAUCAAACAAAACUAAAAACGAAUGCAAAAAAUUGUUAUGA